GGGUUCAUUACACUACAACAGGUUCAGAACACUCGUCAGAGCUCAGAGCACUCGUCGUCAGAGUUGAGAUGGCUCCGGCGACGACGUUGCAGGCGAGGUGGCUGCUAGCCGUGGCGCUUCUCCUCGCCGUGGGGAUCCACGGCGGCCGGGCGCAGCCGCUGGUGCCGGCGGUGAUGACGUUCGGCGACUCGUCGGUCGACGUCGGGAACAACGACUACCUCCACACCAUCAUCAAGGCCAACUUCCCGCCCUACGGCAGGGACUUCGCCAACCACGUCGCCACGGGGAGGUUCUGCAACGGCAAGCUCGCCACCGACAUCACCGCUGAUACACUGGGGUUCACUACCUACCCUGCUGCGUACCUGAGCCCACAGGCGUCAGGGCAGAACCUUCUGAUCGGCGCCAACUUCGCGUCUGCAGGAUCCGGGUACUACGACCACACGGCGCUCAUGUAUCACGCGAUCCCGCUGUCCCAGCAGCUGCAGUACUUCCGGGAGUACCAGUCGAAGCUGGCGGCGGUGGCCGGCGGCGCCCAGGCCCACUCCAUCAUCUCCGGCGCGCUCUACAUCAUCAGCGCCGGCGCCAGCGACUUCGUCCAGAACUACUACAUCAACCCCUUCCUCUUCAAGACCCAGACCGCCGACCAGUUCUCCGACCGCCUCGUCGCCAUCUUCAGCAACACCGUCUCGCAACUCUACGGCAUGGGGGCGCGGCGCAUCGGCGUGACGUCGCUGCCGCCGCUGGGUUGCCUGCCGGCGUCGAUCACGCUGUUCGGGCACGGGAGCAACGGCUGCGUCUCCAGGCUGAACCGCGACUCCCAGAGCUUCAACGGGAAGAUGAACGCCACCGUGGAGGCGCUGUCGCGCCGGUACCCGGACCUCAAGAUCGCCGUGUUCGACAUCUACACGCCGCUGCACGACCUCGCCACCGACCCGCAGGCGCAGGGCUUCACGGAGGCGAGGCGCGGGUGCUGCGGGACGGGGACGGUGGAGACGACGGUGCUCCUCUGCAACCCCAAGUCGGUGGGGACGUGCCCCAACGCCACGUCCUACGUCUUCUGGGACGCCGUCCACCCGUCGGAGGCGGCCAACCAGGUCAUCGCCGACUCGCUCAUCACCGAGGGAUUGAACCUCGUCACAUGAUCAAAUCACUCGCCGCAGCUCGCUGUUGAAUCUGUUUGUGUUAGGUCGUCAGCCGCCGUCGACCAGAAGUACAGUGUUCUUAGGUGAAACAGGCUGCGUGCAUCCUGAAGAAAGAAAAUAACGCUGGUUCAUCGGGAUGGGGGGCACGGGUUCUAAGGCGAUAUCUGUGAAAUUGUUACUUUUUGUUGUGUUUCAAAAUUUAACUGUAUGAUGUUGAUAUUUUCGGAAACUACUAUAAGGCACUUAAAAAUGAACUCAUUAUUUAUCAAGUUUA